AUAUAUGUAGCUUUUACUUUUGUGCAAGGGUUAUUUGUAACCUGUAAGACCAUCUCCAAUAUAUUUUAUUAUUUUCACUUCUAAAAUAGAAGAACUCUAUAAUAGAGGUGAGAUAUGCUCUAAUAUAUUUCUUUAUAAUAGCAAUUUCUAUUUUAUAGAAUAAAAAAUAGAGAAAUGCUAUUUCUUCCUCUAUAAAUAGAGAAAAAAAAUAAAGAUGAGGAAUAAAUAGAGGUGGAUUGGAGCAAUUUCACUUCUAAAUAUUAUUAUAGAGAUGAAAAUAGCAAUGGGUUGGAAAUGCUCUAAGCAUCCUUAGUUGAUCUUUUGAUCAUAUAUUAAUUUCUGAUUUCAUAUAGCUUUCCGUGCAUAUAAGAUGUUUUAUUUGCGACUAAAAAUCUCAUUUGAUGCUAGGGUUAUUCAUUUAGUAUACUAAUGUUUAAAACAUAUUAGUUUUUCAAAUUAUGUUUAAAUAUAAAAGAGGCUUGAGUUUAAGCAAAAAUAAAUAAAUAAAUAUACAAAACAUGUUUGAUCAAAAAAAAAUAUACAAAACAUGUUUAAGGUUUGGGAAAAACGCCGUUCUUGAUGAUCAUCGCCUCCAUACACUAACACUACACUAACACUAACUAAGACAUCAUCAUUAGUACCCUCUCCAUGUCCGUUUGUUCUGAUCUCAUCAUUUCCUCGAAUUCUUCAACAUAAAACCUAAAUUUCACAUAUGUAAAUAUAUUUUUAUGUGUACAUAUAUAUAUAUAUAUAUGCAAGUUCUUGAUAUACACAUGUAUAUGUAAGUUCUUGAUCAUAAACCACAUAAGUCAUAAUAUUGAUGAUAAUAAGUGGAAAUAACGAAAUGAGCUUAAUAAAUUGUACAUCAGAGCAGUUUAUGAACUAUCUAUCGAGUACUAUAAAUGAUUUUUAUGUUAUAUAGUACUCCAUGAAUGUAUAUCAAUUUUAGAGUAAUCUUUAGUAAUCUCGAUCGAUAGCUAUGUUUCUUCUAAAAAUUGUUAUCAUUUUCUUCUUCGCCUACUUUUAUCUAAUUUUAGCUUCCUAGAAACAUAUUCAUUUGUGAUCUCUUGGGAUCAUAACUGAAAAUAUAUGUUCACAUAAUUAACGUACGUACAUAGGUAACAAGAGGAUAUUUUGGCGCAUGCAUGUAUAUUGAUAUUAAUGUUGUGGUUUGUUUACUUUCGGUCGUGUAGAAACAAUAGUCAAUGGAAUCUUGUAGCAUUCCUCCGGGAUUUAGGUUCCAUCCGACGGACGAAGAGCUUGUCGGGUACUAUCUCAGGAAGAAAGUCGCGUCGCAAAAGAUCGAUCUCGAUGUCAUUAGAGACGUCGAUCUCUACAAAAUUGAACCAUGGGAUCUACAAGAGCGAUGUCGAAUCGGGUACGAGGAACAAAAUGAAUGGUACUUUUUUAGUCACAAAGACAAGAAAUAUCCAACAGGGACAAGGACUAAUAGAGCGACCAUGACUGGAUUUUGGAAAGCCACGGGAAGAGACAAAUCUGUUUAUGACAAAACAAAACUGAUUGGGAUGAGGAAAACUCUUGUGUUCUACAAAGGACGUGCUCCUAAUGGCCAAAAAUCUGAAUGGAUCAUCCAUGAGUACCGGCUCGAGUCAGAUGAGAACGCACCGCCCCAGGAAGAAGGGUGGGUCGUUUGUAGAGCGUUUAAGAAAAGAGCAACAGGGCAAACUAAAAACACGGAAACUUGGAGCUCCAGUUACUUCUACGAUGAAACCGUAUCAAGUGGAGUUAACUCGGUUCUAGACCCCAUUGUGUACAUCUCUAAUCAGCAGAAUGACAUUUUCGGAAAAGGUUUUAUGUGUAAGCAAGAGCUAGAAGGAAUGGUUGAUGAUCUAAACUAUAUGCAUUCGUAUCAUCAAUUCAUUCAGCUUCCAAAACUCUUAAGCCCUUCUCUCCCGGUGAUGAAAAGGCCAACGAGCUCGAUGUCUAUAUCAUCAAUGGACAACAAUACUAACUACAUAACCACAUUAGAUGAUGAAGCAAGCUUUGAAUCAGUUAUAAGCAAAGAUAAUAAGAGGAAGAAGAACAAAAAGAAACAAGUAACGAUGACGGGAGAUUGGAGAGAACUAGAUAAGCUUGUUGCCUCACAACUCAUGAGCCAAGAUCGUGGAACUUCACAUUUAGUAAGUCAUCAUAUGAAUCAUGAAGAUAUGGAAAUGGAUUCAUCGUUUUUGUUGAACGAGAGAGAAGAGAACAUGUUCGUUAAUGAGUUACUGAAUUCAAACAAGGAUUAUGAUAGUGAGAUUGCGUAUUUGAUGAAUGAAACUAUAUAGAUGUCAUGUGGUAUUUGUUAUUCAUGUGCCGAAUAUAUUAGACUUCAUAUGCAAAUAUAAUCGUUAUAUUAAGUCAAUUAAAGUAUGUUUAUGAUGGAAAAAUAUG